AAAAAUAAAAGGACGUGGAAGGAGGCGGUUAAGUGAUUGAGUGAGUGAAGUGUUGGAGAAGAGAAUGGCGCCCGAUGCAGCCGCCGCCGCCGGCAAGAAGAGGAAGCGCUAUCUCCCUCACAAUAAGCCAGUGAAGAAGAAGGGUUCAUACCCACUGCGUCCCGGCGUUCAAGGUUUCUUCAUCACCUGCGACGGUGGUAGGGAGCACCAAGCCUCUCGUGAAGCUUUCAAUAUCCUUGAAUCGUUUUAUGAAGAGCUAGUUCAUGGGGAAAAUCCAGGUGCUAAAGGAUUACCUAACAAACCUAUGAAUACAAAGAUUACGUUCGCGGAUUCUGAUUCUUCUAGUAGUGACGAUGAGGCGGAGCAGCAGGAAGAAGAGGAAAAGGGGGACAAAACGCUUAAAACUGAGGGAAAAGAUAAUGAUGAUGGUGAUGCAAACUGUGGCAAUGGAGCUGAGGGAAAAUCAGAUGCUCUGAAGAUCGAUGAUCUUGAACCAAAGAUCGAUGAUUCCAAUGCUGAUCCAGUAGACAAAGCUGAUGAUGAUAAAGGAGAAGUUGAAAAUAAAGCUGAUGAGCCACCAGCCAUGAAACAGUGUUCCAAAACAGAUGCCCCAACAUGCAAUUCGAAGGAGAAAGUGGAACAGAAGUCGAUUGAUAGGUUAAUUGAAGAAGAGCUUGAAGAAUUGGGAGACAAGAAUAAGAGACGAUUUCUCAAGCUUGAUUCAGGUUGUAAUGGUGUUGUAUUUGUACAAAUGCGAAGGAAAGAUGGGGACAAAAGCCCCAAAGAUAUAGUUCAUCAGAUAGUGACAUCAGCAGCAUCGACGAGGAAACAUAUGUCAAGGUUUAUUUUGAGAAUUUUGCCAAUUGAAGUCUCAUGUUAUGCUUCAAAAGAGGAAAUUUCAAGGGCAAUCAAGCCUCUUGUGGAGCAGCACUUUCCAGUGGAAACUCAAAAUCCGCAGAAGUUUGCUGUACUGUAUGAAGCCCGUGCAAAUACUGGUGUUGACAGGAUGGAAAUCAUUGAUGCAGUGGCAAAGUCAGUUCCUGCACCUCAUAAAGUUGAUCUCAGUAAUCCUGAUAAGACCAUAAUAGUUGAAAUUGCCAGGACUGUGUGCUUGAUUGGGGUCAUUGAGAAAUAUAAAGAAUUUUCCAAGUACAAUCUGAGGCAGUUAGCAUCACGGAAAGCCUGAUCGUUGUGGUGCAAACACUCGUAGUUUCUGCAAAAUUAUGUUUAGUUAAUUAGUUUAGCAGUAUUUAGACUAAAGUUAUCUGACGAUUGUGUUUUUAGGAAGAUGCUAUUUACUUUCUGGCCUUACUCUGUUCAUUGUUUUGAAACCCCCAAACCCUUGCUAGCUUAACAUUAUUUAAAAUUUCAAGAAAAUGAAUGUACUCAUUUAAUUUUGAUGCGUA